UAUCCACGUUCCAGGGUUCGGCGUAGCGGCCUUGCCGAACAAAGCGCCGGAGCGGGAGCGGCUCGUGCAGUUUCGGCUCGCGACUGGACGCAUGCGCCGAAAUCGAUGAGGAAUAUUAUAGAUUUUGGUGAUUAAAAACUCAGAAGAAAGAAUGUCAGAAAUAAGACAGUGGACAUAAAUGCACCUACAACCCAGAAAAACAAGGAACAAGGAACAAGGAACUUUGGGCAUCUAUUGGACUUUUUAUGACAUCUUGUAAGUGCGUUGUUCUUGUACUGACCCGACUCCACCGCAGCGGCUAUAUAAAAGACCAGGAGAAACUACAGGAAUUAGUUCAGAAGAAAUGGUGCACAGGAGUGUGAUUUAAGCAUGGAGGACUCUGCUGAAGACAUUGCAGUUGUGGGCAUUGGGUGCAAUUUUCCCGGAGGUGAAGGCCUUGAAAACUUCUGGAAGGUUCUGUUGGAGGGAAAGAAUUGUACUGUUCAGAUUCCGGAGGAGAGAUUUGAUACCAGACACUGGUGUGAUCCUGACCACAGCAAGGCAGGAAAAUCAAUCACUGACAAAGCUGCUCUCGUUGAGAGAUUCAAUGAAUUUGACUACAAGUUCUUUGGCGUCCCUGAUGCGGAGGCUAAUCGCAUGGACCCCCAGCAGAAGCUCUUGCUGGAGUGCACCUACAGAGCCCUAGAGAAUGCUGGGAUACCGAUGGAGAAGGCCAGUGGAAUAAGUAUAGGUGUAUUCAUUGGUCUCAUGAACAGAGAUUAUGAACAAGAAUUUAACAGAACAGCUGACCUGAUAGACCACUACAACAGCACUGGAACAGCUACGAGUAUAGCUGCCAACCGGAUAUCCUACACCUUCAACCUCACUGGGCCCUCAUUCGCCAUCGACAGUGCCUGCUCAUCAUCCCUGGUGGCUCUCCACCUUGCAUGCCAGGCAAUAAAACAAGGAGACUGUGAGAUGGCGCUAUGUGGAGGUGUUAGCUUUAUCACUGAGCCACGGGUCUUUGUUGCUCUCAGCAAAGCAAAAAUGAUCUCACCUGAAGGGACCAGCAAGCCUUUCUCCAAUAAAGCAGAUGGAUAUGGAAGAGGAGAAGGUUGUGGGGUUGUCCUCCUGAAGCCACUGAAGAAAGCUCUGGAAGACUUUGACCAUGUGUGGUGCAUUAUAGGGAAAACUGGAAUCAAUCAAGAUGGCCACACCAUCACUCCAAUCACCAAGCCAUCUAUGAUUCAACAACAAAAAUUGCUGCACCAAAUUUACUCUACAGACACUGAUAAAUUACAUGUCCAGUAUAUUGAAGCUCAUGGGACUGGAACACCUGUAGGGGAUCCCACAGAAGCUGGGAGCAUUUCCAAAGUCAUUGCCAGAGCCAGACCACCAGGAUCAGAAAUACUUUACAUUGGUUCUGUGAAAGGUAACAUCGGCCACACGGAAUCUGCAGCCGGAAUGGCGGGACUCAUCAAGGUAAUUCUGAUGAUGCACCACGAGACUAUAGUUCCUUCUUUGUUCUAUUCUGAGGACAGUGCCAGUAUAGAUACCAAAGCCCUAAAUCUAAAAAUCCCCACCAAAGUAGAGAAAUGGGAAAGUGCUGAUCCAGUUGGCAGGGUGGCAGGAAUCAACAAUUUUGGAUUUGGAGGCACCAAUGCACAUGCACUUGUCAGACAGUGCAAAAAAUCACACUCUAGAAAAGCAAAGACUAAAAAUUGUUUUCAGUUGUUCAUAUUAUCUGCAACUUCUGAAAAAUCUCUUAAAAUGAUAAUGGAAGACACAGCUGAAAAAAUAAGAACUGACAGCAAAUUGAGCCUACAAACAUUAGCAUAUACAUCAGCCUGUAGGAGAAGCCAUGCAAAGCACAAAUACAGAAGAGUCUUCUUGGCAUCUUCUCUCAGUAAUUUACAGAAUGGACUUAUAUCCUCCCUAAACAAAAAAAUGAUUCCUUCAAUGCCAGACCCCAAGGUAAUUUUUGUGUUUUGUGGAAAUGGGGUAACCUACAGAGGUAUGUGCAAGCAACUGUUGAAAGAGGAACAUCUCUUCCUAGAAAAAGUAAAAGAGGUUGAGAUCCUUUUCAAGAAAUACAGUAAUAUAAACAUGGUACAGAAGCUUGAAAGUGAUGAUGAUGAUGAAGAUUUUUUCAAACCCAGUGUUCUCCAGCCAAUGCUUUUUGCCAUCCAAGUUGCCAUUUAUAGCCUGUUGAAGCACUGGGGUAUCAAACCAGAUGUGGUUCUUGGACAUUCUGUUGGAGAAGUUGCUGCUGCCCAUUGCUCAGGUCUACUGUCUCUUGAAGAUGCAGUGAAGGUGAUUUACUUCCGAAGCACCUUACAGAGCCAAGUGACUGGUGGGAAAAUGCUGGUUGUCAGCAACAUAGUGGUGUCAGAAACCUUGAAGUACCUUUCAGCCUAUUCUGGGAAGAUUUGCUUGGCUGCCUUCAAUAGCCCCCAAUCCUGCACCUUAUCUGGUGAUGCAGAUGCUAUUGAAAGUCUUCAUGACAAACUCAAAACCUUAUUUGAUAGCAAAAAUGUUUUCCUUCACAUUUUGGAUGUUCCUGCUGCAUACCACAGCCACAUGAUGGACCCUAUCCUGUCAAAUCUUGAGACCAGCAUAGGUACCUUGCAAGGGAAUGAAAUGGAGACACAGUUGUUUUCAACAGUGACAGGAAGGGUUUGUUCCCAAAUGGAUUUUCUCACUGGGACAUACUGGGCAAGGAACAUUCGGGAGCCGGUUGCAUUUGAAGAAGCGGUGAAGUCAGCUGCCAAAGAAAGGAAGAAUAUAGUCUUUGUUGAGAUAGGUCCAAGACGGGCUCUGCAACGGAAUAUCAUAGAGACACUAGGAAAUGACACCAUAGUACUGACUUCUGUGCAGCCAGAAAAGGAUCAUGAGUCACUGGCGACUCUUGUGUCCAAACUCUUUGAGCUGGGAGUGCAAAUAAACUGGGAUCAGUUCUACACUGGAUAUGAAACAGUACCAGCACCUUUUCCAAGGUAUCAGUUUGACUGUGUGAAGAAGGAGAUAUACCCAGCUGAAAUACCAAGACACAACAAAUUGCUUUCCAGCUUUCAACAUCCUUGCAUAGCUAAGGCCAUUAAUGAUAAAGAAUUCAGUUGCACUUUGGACUCCGAGGAGAUGUCAUUUGUUUCUGGACACAAAAAUAAAGGGAUUGCCAUUAUUCCUGGUUCAUUGUAUGUUGAACUGGGAUUGGCAUCAUUCAUGGCAAAUUUAAAACGAAGAAUGCCACUUACUUCCGUACAACUCGAGAUCAAGUUCCACACUCCGUUUUUAGUUGAGAAGAAUUCACCUGAGAUGAGAGUGCUGCUUGAGCCAAAAGAAAUGGGAAUUUUGUUUAAAAUACAGUCUCCACUAUCUGUGUAUGCAACAGGAUACGUUACCCAGAAUGGUGAGGCCGAAGUGAACUAUAUCUCUCUAGAUUGCAUUUUUGAAAGAUGCAAAUCACUAGUAAAAUCAGAAGAACUCUACAACAAGCUUUCCCAAGUGGGAUUUGAGUACGGUUCAGUUUUCAAGAGACUUGGAGACAUACACUAUGGAGAUGAGUACAUGGAGGCUAUUUCAUUAGUGAAAGUCCCUGAGGAACUUUGUAGCCAGUUGUAUGACUACCACAUUCACCCAGUUGUUUUGGAUUACCUUAUGCAAAUGACAGUCAUAUUUCCAACAAGUGGAUUUAAAUCCAGGCCUGGAUUUCCUUCUGCUAUUGGCUCAUUGACCAUUUUAGGACCCCUGGAGAAGGAAAUGGCUUUAUAUCUAAGAAAAACCAGUACAGGAGCUGACUACGUUGAGGUAUGUGGUUGCUUUGCCACCAAAACUGGUGAUGUGCUGAUUGAGGCAAAACAUAUAAGGAUCAAAAAUUUAGGAAAACAUUCUAACAUUGCUGAAGAGCUUUUUUUCCAGAACCAAUUGACUGUUGUCUCAGAGGAUGUCAUUCUCAAUGGGAAACCCAAAGCCUUAGUGUUUGCAGACACACUUGGUAUCUCUGAGACCUUGCACCAGUACUUACACCAGGGGUCAUUUUACAUUCCUUACCAAAACCAAAACUUCAGCCUCGAUCGUUUUUUUUCAGAGCAGAAGACUCCACUAAUCAUUCGAGAAUGCAGUGAAAUUUUCUUCAUGUGGGGUAUUGAAAACCUCAGUGAUAAGACUGCAGAGAACAGUCUUAUGUGCUUGGUAAACUGCUGUGAAAUUUUGCAACAAAUAAUUCUCAAGUUGAAAGCGGAGAAAUUUUCUGGUUCCUUCAGAGUACUGACUUUCGGCCUAGCUGGCAAUGCAGUUGAUGUCAUUACUACAAGUUUUACACUUCCUGGAAUGAUAAGGUGUUGUGCAGCUGAAGUUUCUGGUAUGAUUUUUCAACUGAUAGAUAUUGGCUCUGUGUCAGUUGAGGACAUCAGGGCCUUGGGUCAGAUUAUUCAGUCAUACCCUUGCAGAAAAUAUCCAGAGUUGGUGAUCUCUAAAGGUCAGAUUUAUGCUGCUGGUAUGACACGUACCCCCAUCAGGUCUACUAUUGGUUGUGAGAAACAAGCUCUGUCUGUAGAUUUACAGUAUUUUUCAUUGCAAACUGCUGAUGCCUAUAAAACAACCUGUCUAUCAGCCAUUCCUUCUGCUGCAAACAAUCCCCUGGAGAGGAAAAAUGUUGAAGUGCAGCUUGACAAAGUCUGCGUUCAUUCAUCUGACUACUUUCCAGUCAGUGUCACUGAUCUAAAGUUUGGUCAGACGAUGUACUGGAACAGACACACAUCUCAGAACCACAAACUUCUGGCCCUUGACUUCAGUGGCACUGUUACUGCUGUAGGGAAGGGUGUGAGCAAGCUGAAAGUGGGAGAUCACGUUGCCUCGUGUUACCCCGUGGCUGUUUCUUCUAAAGUUGUACUUCCUGAAGAUGUAUUCUACAGAACAAAGCGGUUUCCACUUUUGAAGGAAGUGCCAUGCAUUUCGUACUUUGUAUUGUCAUGGGAGAUCUUUCAUAACAUGCUACCAAAGGGGAAGCAGUUGAGAAGGAUAGGCAUUCUCUCACCCAGCCCUGACUCGGUUCUAGUGCAAAUCUUGGUGCGGACAGCCAACAAUUCUGGAUGGACUGCUACAGCCAGAAUAGAAAUUAAUGGGCAACAAAAUGACAUGAAAAAAUGUGAUGCCUUUGUCCUUCUUCCUCCAUUUGAUGCAGCUUUACUUAAUAAUGCAUGCAGCAUUGCCUCGGUGAAGCACAUUGUUGUUGUCCACGAUAACCAGCAAUCAGCACUCCAAAAAAAGUUAUGUAAAUGGGACAAUGAAAAUUCUUACAUUCAGACUCUGCAUGUGGGCAAAAUUUUCCAAAAAGCUAAUCUGAAAGAGAAAAAAGUCAAGAUCUACAACUGGCUGAAAUCAAUGGAUUUAGAGAAGAGAUCUUUAGAUUUGCAAACUACUACAUUUCAGAGGGCAAAUACUGGCAGCUUUGAUUGCUUGGCAGAUACAGAGUUUAAAUCGUACUUCAGCUCUAAGCCCAUGCCUGUGAUUGCACUCAGUGGUGGGGGAAAGAACCAAAUAUCCACCAUUCCAGUGAAUGAGAGUCAGAUACAACUUUUCAAGAAAAAUUCUGUGUACAUUGUGACAGGAGGACUUUCGGGUCUGGGCUUUGAAACAGUGAAGUUUAUUGCCCAGAAAGGUGGAGGAAAAAUUGUCAUUCUUUCCAGAAGGACUCCUUCAUCUGAAAUGCAGCAAGACAUAAAAAAUAUACAGAGUCAGCAUGGUGUCUCUGUAAUAACCUUGCAGUGUGAUGUCUCAGUUUCAAAGCAAGUUGACAAGGCAGUCAAUGACAUUGAGCAACAUUUCCUCUCUUGUCCGAUUGCAGGAGUUUUUCACAGUGCAGUUGUUUUGCACGAUGGGUUUAUGGAAAUGCUUAACAGAUCACACUUUGAGAAUGUCCUAAGGCCAAAAGUGAAUGGAGCAUUGAAUCUGCACUCUGCUACAAGGAAAUGUAAAUUAGACUACUUUGUGUGCUACUCAUCUGUCUCCUCGUUUCUCGGGAGCCCAGCCCAAACUAACUAUGCUGCCGCAAAUUCGUUCUUGGACAUGUUUUGUCAUUAUCGGCGAAACCUUGGACUUGCUGGCCAAUCAGUUAACUGGGGGGCUUUGAACCUUGGCCUUCUUCUGAACAAGGAUCAUCUAAGGAAAUUUCUGGAAGAGAAGGGGACAGCGACAAUGGAAAUACCAGAAAUUCAUGAAUGUCUGAAAUAUUGUUUGUUGCUGAACAAUCCCCAGCAGGUUGUGUGCAAGUUUAAUUUCAGAAAUAUGUACACCCAUGUCCUUUCUCAAAACAUCUACCAAAGAAUGCGCUUUAUCAAAAUGUUUAAUGAAGAAAUUAAAAUUCACAGAAUCACUGAAAACACAGUUGAGCAGGAACAGUCUUCCUCUUCCCCAGAUGAGUUUGUCAAGGAUCUGCUCCUUAAAACAUGUAAUAUAGAUGCUAAUGAGCUGAAUGAUGACACUCUCCUUUCUGCAGUGGGUGUUGAUUCAAUGUUGGCCCUGACUUUGCAGAAUGUCAUCUACAAAGAAAGAGGUGUGAACAUUCCUCUUAUUAAGUUGCUGGACCCAAACACUACUAUGUCAAACUUAGUGGUCCUAUUAAAGGAAGCCCAAAAGGGAGGCUUUACAAAAGAGGGCCAGCAAUCUUAUGAAGAGCAAAGAAAUGUAAAAAAUGAGCAUACACAGUUUUAAAGUGCUGUGUGUUGAAGGUCAAAGGCAACGCUUUCUGUUAACAGUCUCAUUAUUACGGAUACUUUUUGACUGAACAUGAUAUAAUGGAGUUAGAAAAUAAAAUCAAUUAAUGAUAACAGGAAAUAUGCAAUUCUGGGAUAUUAUAACUUAUCUUGAUUUGUAAGUCUGUAGAAUCUAAGUUGCAUAAUCAUUCCUUUUUAGGAAAAUAUAAAGUAGUCACAGGCAAUCAGGGACUACAAUAAUGCUGCAAGUACCACUAUGUUAAUGUUGGAAAAUUCAGCAAUAGACAUGAUUUCUUGUUCUUUGAGACUGACUUCAUUUCAUUACUGUCCCAUCAUUGAAGCGGGCGGGCUGCAUGUUAUAGUACUGAUUGUGACAUUUUUCUCUUGUUUUACUCGUCAAAUGCUGGUUGGUUACAGUCAUUAUAAUUUCUGUUGUUGAACUAGUGACUAAUGUAAGAAAACUAUCCAGUUAAAUUAUUUAAAAUUUUUUUUUACCAGCUUCACUCUGGUUGAAAUUACUGUUUCAUUUUG